AUGGGUGACAACAACCAAGCUACUUCCCCGGGCAAUGACCCUGCUGCUCACGCUCCCGAUGCCGCUGCGCUCGACAAGGGCAAGGGCAAGGCUGUCGAGGACAUGGACGUCAGUAUGGAUGAGGAGGAGGAGAGCGAGGAGAGUGAUGCUGAGCCUAUGGCUGAAGAUGAGGAUGAUGAGGAUGAUAGCAACCUCGAGCGCAUCUCCACCGAAAACAUCAUUAGCGGUGGACGCCGCACUCGCGGCAAGACCCUAGACUACCAGGAGGCCGCGAAUAAGAUCGGCGACGAUGAGAUGGACGAGGAAGAGGAUGAUGAUGAGGACUUCCAGCCGGCCGACAAGCAGUGA